CUCUGCUGGGAGGCGGGCGCGCCCACGGGGGUCCCUCCAAGAUGGCGGCGCAGAGGAGGAGCCUGCUGCAGAGUGAGCAGCAGCCAAGUUGGACGGACGACCUGCCGCUCUGCCACCUCUCCGGGGUGGGCUCAGCCUCCAACCGCAGCUACUCUGCUGAUGGCAAGAGCACCGAGAGCCACCCACCGGAGGACAACUGGCUCAAGUUCAGGAGUGAGAACAACUGCUUCCUGUAUGGGGUCUUCAAUGGCUACGAUGGCAACCGGGUGACCAACUUUGUGGCCCAGCGGCUGUCCGCAGAGCUCCUGCUGGGCCAGCUCAGCGCCGAGCACACAGAGGCCGACGUGCGGCGUGUGCUGCUGCAGGCCUUCGAUGUGGUGGAGAGGAGCUUCCUGGAGUCCAUCGAUGAUGCAUUGGCUGAGAAGGCGAGCCUCCAGUCCCAGCUCCCUGAGGCUGUCCCUCAGCACCAGCUGCCUCCUCAGUAUCAGAAGAUCCUCGAAAGACUCAAGACAUUGGAGAAGGAGAUUGCAGGAGGAGCCAUGGCUGUCGUGGCAGUCCUUCUCAACAACAGGCUCUAUGUCGCCAAUGUCGGUACCAACCGUGCACUUCUAUGCAAAUCCACGGUGGAUGGCCUGCAGGUGACACAGCUGAACGUGGACCACACCACAGAGAAUGAGGAUGAGCUCUUCCGGCUCUCACAGCUGGGUUUGGAUGCAGGAAAGAUCAAGCAGGUGGGGGUCAUCUGUGGGCAGGAGAGCACCAGGCGCAUCGGGGAUUACAAGGUCAAGUACGGCUACACUGACAUCGACCUACUCAGCGCUGCCAAGUCCAAGCCGAUCAUCGCGGAGCCCGAAGUCCAUGGUGCACAGCCCCUGGAUGGGGUGACUGGCUUCCUGGUGCUGAUGUCCGAGGGGCUGUACAAGGCCCUGGAGGCAGCCCACGGGCCUGGGCAGGCCAACCAGGAGAUCGCCGCCAUGAUUGACACUGAGUUCGCCAAGCAGACUUCCCUGGACGCGGUGGCCCAGGCUGUAGUGGACCGAGUGAAGCGUAUCCACAGUGACACCUUCGCCAGUGGCGGGGAGCGUGCCAAGUUCUGCCCAAGGCACGAGGACAUGACUCUACUGGUGAGGAACUUUGGCUACCCACUGGGCGAGAUGAGCCAGCCCGCACCGGCCUCAGCCCCAGCCGCAGGAGGACGUGUGUACCCUGUAUCUGUGCCUUACUCGAGUGCCCAGAGCACCAGCAAGACCAGUGUGACCCUGUCCCUCGUCAUGCCCUCCCAGGGCCAGCUGGUCAACGGGGCCCACAGUGCUUCCACCCUGGAUGAAGCCACUCCCACCCUCACCAACCAGAGCCCAACCCUGACCCUGCAGUCCACCAACACGCACACGCAGAGCAGCAGCUCCAGCUCGGAUGGGGGCCUCUUCCGAUCCCGGCCCGCCCACUCACUCCCACCCGGCGAGGACGGCCGGGUCGAGCCCUACGUGGACUUUGCUGAGUUCUACCGCCUCUGGAGCGUGGACCACGGCGAGCAGAGCGCGGUGACAGCGCCCUAGGUGGCCAGGGGCGCAGCCCAAGCAAGGCCUUGCCUGGGGGCGGGGGCCGGCUCCUUAGGAUAGGCUUUGUGCCGUCUGCCUAUGCCACGGGGGCCGGUGGGGGCCCAGGCCUCCGUCUGCAUGGUACUCUCACCCCACAGCCCUCGGUGCUGUGGGGAACGUUCUCUCAGCGCCGAUGCAGACCCGGUCCCUCGUCACUGCAACUGCACAGGGGGCCAGAGGCACCCCCCAGGCAGCCUCAGCCAGGACCAUCACCGGUUCUCAGAAUGAGGGGCACAAGCACACUGGCCCUUGAGCCCACCCAGUGGGGCUGAACAUGAAGACGUUCUCCUGUGUCCCUGCGUGCGACAGGCCCACAGCCACUGCUUUCUCAAGGCCUCCCACUUCCCACUACCACCUCCCCUGGAAGAGCCUGUGGCCACGGCUAGUGCCCUCCUCAGCACUGGCCAGUGGUUUCUUCCUUUCUUCUCCGUCCUUGAGAGUGGAACCCCAGUUGGCCCCUGCACCUUUGAAACCUGCACCCUUCCCUGGGCCCGGGCCUGGGCCUGCCUGGGUUUAGGGGGACUGGGAUGGCUGCAGAGGGGGAGUCAGGUGGAGAGAAACUGGAGGGAACCAGUCCCCGAGGGGCAGUGGUCCUGGAGCCUACCCCAGGGGUAGGCCAGACAGUGCUGGGCUUCCCCAGAGUCGGGUGGAGGGGACAUGUCGGGGCAGGGGCUGCUCUGGUCAGGCUCCUCCAGGAGCGGGGAGGCCCUGAGUCGGGGCGAGCUGGCUCUGCCUUGCUUUGUACUGGAGCUGGGGAAGGCCCCAGACUGGGGAGCCACUAAGAUUGCAGUCCUUAGAGACUCAGUCUCUGCUGGCCUCAGGGUAACAAACAGGUCUUAGGUCAGGCCUGGGAGCUUGUUGUAAACAGAGAACAGAGGGAAAUGAUUCCAAAAGGGAAGAGGUUCUUGGAGACCAGCUGCUCUGGUGGCCGAUGUGCUUUGGAGAUGUGCACUGUUUUUACAGACGGUUAGGGGCGGGAUCAGGCCAGCCCAGGCCUUGAGUUAGCCCACUUCACGUGUGUUCUCUGCCUUCAGUGGGGAGGGGCGCUGCCAGCGCUGUCGGCUGGAAUUGCCCUUCCUAUUUUCAGAGGAGGAAGCAGGUCCAGGAGACUCAGAACUUCCCCAAGUCACACAGUGGUGGAAUAGAACUCAAACAUUUUGUCACUCUCUGAGGCCCUCCUGGAUUCUUACCACCCCCAAGCCCCAGUCCCCAGCCCCCAGCCUCCUGCCCCAGGAUGAUGCCCCAGACACAGCUCACCAGGGACUGGCCGUUGUGUGCAGCCUCCAGUGUGUUUGGACUCUGAAAAGUCAAAGGCCAGUUCUAAGGUCCCUGGUCACUCUGUGGUCCAGGAAUAUGUUUUCCCAGUGCUGUGCCAGGGAGAGGCCGGGCUCUGAGGGGAGCCGAGGCACAAGCAGAGGAAAAGCAGAUCUUAGCAGAGGGCCCUGCUCCCCCUCUGCUACAAAGCCAUCUCCAUUGUACAGGUGAGCAGAUCUAAAGUCAGUCACAGAGGCUUGGGAUUGGGAACAAAGGGAAUUCUCUUCCAAGAAUGUCUCUGUGAUGCUGUUUGGUCUCCAGAAAUAGAAUUACUUUUUUACCAUCGUAAAGAAAGAAUAAAUGGUGGUAUUAAUA